GUGGGAGGUGGCCUGGGGUGGGGCGUGCCGGGAUUGGCCGGCAGCGGUGACGUGGCGGCGGCAGGCGGAAGUGAGGGGGCUCCCACCAUGCUACGGCAGGACAGCAGUGAUGACAUUGAGGAUGUGUCUCUCUUUGAUGCAGAUGAUGAUGUAUCCAGGAGAUCAAAAAAGUCAAAAAUAAGGCAUCCAGUGGCGUCAUUUUUCCACUUAUUCUUCCGAGUCAGUGCGAUAGUUGUCUAUCUGCUCUGUGAGCUCUUAACUAGCAGCUUUAUUGCCUGCAUGGUGACAAUUAUCCUCCUCUUGUCGUGUGACUUUUGGGCUGUAAAGAAUGUCACCGGGCGACUGAUGGUUGGCCUUCGCUGGUGGAACCAGGUGGAUGAUGAUGGCAGAAGUCACUGGGUAUUUGAAGCCAGGAAGGUAUCAACACAAGGGAGUAAAACCUCAUCAGAAGCAGAGUCCCGAAUUUUCUGGUUAGGUCUAAUUACCUGUCCUAUGAUCUGGGUGAUAUUUGCUUUCAGCGCUCUCUUUUCUUUCAAAGUGAAAUGGCUGGCAGUGGUUGUGAUGGGAGUGGUGCUUCAGGGAGCCAACCUUUAUGGUUAUAUCAGAUGUAAAGUCGGCAGCAGAAAGAACUUGACAAGCAUGGCAACCAACUAUCUUGGGAAGCAGUUCUUGCGGCAGACUGUGGCUAAAGAGGACCAAACAGCAUCCUGAAUGUGGCGGAAGCCUCAAGCCAGACUGGAUUCACAGUAGUGGACAACAGAGAGUGUUGCUCUGACCAUGAGAUUUGGGAGCUGCAUACGUGAGGUGUGAAUUAAAAGAAGUAAAUAAAUUGUGCAAGACUUCAGGUUAAUGCUCCUAGCGACUUAUAUUCGAUUUUCCACUAGCGGUUUGUGUUUCAGUCCUUUCUUUAGUUUGAUUAAUUAGAAUUAAUUUGCCUAAACUUUAAAUCAAAAGUUAUCCUAGGUAGCUUUCGUACAGGUUUAGAACUACUGGAUGAAUUAAGAGAAAAUUGCCGGACAUCUUCCUUCAGAAAAACCAUGCACAAGCCGAGCCUUCUGUUAUCCAAGAAUUCCCCAGUUCCUCCAGCAGCUGGUGCCUCAAAUAGUUUCAGUUGUGGACUUUGCUGCGUUUUGCUCUCAGAGGUCGUUGCUGCUUCUGUUACGGAGUUUAGGUAGCGCUCUUUUGGCUCCACGUCUCUCUCAUUCUCUGAUUUGAUGGUGAUUGUGGUGAAAGACGUCUAAAGAAAAUGUUGGCUUAGCAGGAAGGUUAUUGAAGUCUUGUGGAAACUGCAGAAAGUGACUUCUGAGCAGCUCCAGUCCUUUUUGGUUUUAUAUCUGAAGCUUUCUUGGAGGUCUCAGUAACAUCUUAAACCCCUGGAUUUAUGGGAAGUCCCCCUUCUACCUGCAGGCCUGUGUAUGGAGAGCGUAGCAGGAGUAAAACCAGGUUACGAGGAAGGUUGCAGGCACAAUUUCAGAGACGGAGUGAAUCUGAGAGCAGUCAUUGUCUGACUGAAGCUGUUAAAGCGAUGCCACCCGGCGGCGUGUCGGCCGGACAGUAGCGUGUGCUUGGUGCCACGGGUCUUCUCUGGCCAGGAGGGCAUAGGGUGGUGUGAUCUGCGGUUUCCUCACCAGCCCCUCGGCGCAGGAUCGCAGGGAACGGAACCGGCAGGGGUUUACGUUUGUUGAAUCCAUGCAGGGUGCUGUCCUCAAGCCGCGCUGCUCCCCACGGAGUCGGGGGCGGGGGGGGGACUGGAAAAAAGCCUUUUGUAGGAUGGUGAACGUGGCGGCUGGCAGUGUUCGCUUAGAUGGCAGAAAGUGGUGUGUUUUGUGUGAAAAGGUCUGUGAAAGGGAUCCGUUCCUUCUUGUCACGUCGUUCUGUUCAAGGCAGAUUGUGCUUUCGCAGCGGUGGAUAUUGUAAACUUUGGCUGAGGUAUUUUAAAUUAAGAAUGUGGUUUCUUUUUGCAUUAAUGGGUAUUGUAAAUUGUGGGAUUGCAUUAACUCUCUCUCCCUGUACUGUAGCAAUACUUGGGAGCUGUACAUUUGUUUAACUCUUUGGAUUGAUACCUUCCUUUUGUAAAUAUGUAUUUAUAAAAUCUUGAAAUUAAAAUAACGCUUUGUUUAACCA